AUGGCCGAUCAAGAAGUUGCUGAAAAUCCGCCUGCAUCAAAUGAAAAUGAGUCAUCUGGAGUUCCUGAUGAAGAGGGUCAAGAACGUCCAAAUUUCAACGAAGAAUCAACUGAUUUUCAAACUACCAUCAUCAAUGAACAACAGGCAGAAGCCGUACCAGUAAAACCUAAACUACAACCUAUUAUUGCUCCGGAUAUGUUUCCUCCACCGAUUGUUACAUGUAAUAAUCCAGAAGAUUAUGCCGAAUCGUAUAAAAAAAACUCCAUAAAAGAAAAUUUAAUUUUAACAUUCGUUGAAAAUUUUCGUCGUCAAUAUCAUUAUAUUUAUCGAGAUCGAAAACCAAUAUUUCUCAAUCCAUUGAAUGAAUGCGGUGUACCUAAAUUUGUUUGUACAACCAUUCAACCGACCAUGCUUUCGUUUUCUCCAUUAUUUCAAUGGAGUUCAGCAGCUGAAUUCAUCGCUGAUCAUCUGAAUUAUGAAUUAAUUGAGCCGGCACAUGAAAUCCCGAAAACACUUUGGUCACCAACAAAAGUUCUUGCCGAUCAACGUGGAAAUUGUUUUGAUUAUUCUAAUCUUCUUUGUUCAUUGUUAAUCGGUGCUGGAUACGAUGCAUAUGUUGCAAGUGGAUAUGCUACAAGAGAAGUUUGCUACAUGGACACAACUCGCUUGCCAAAUCCGUACGUUAAAAAGCGACAUGAAGAACAUAUAGAAGGAUCAAAAACGCAAAAUAAAAAAUAUACUGUUAAACCACCAAAAGAUUUAACAUCGAAAUAUGAUGUUUAUAUGCAUCAAAGGCGUUUAGACCAAAUCCAAGCCGACAAAGAUCGACUUCAAGAAGAAGAAAAUAAACGCAUAGCUGAAAUUGAAAAACCAUUACCUGAUCCACUAUUCGGCAUUCGAGUGCAUUCAUGGGUACUUGUUCUAGCUGGCAAACGUGAAGUGCCUGAAGCAUUUUUUAUUGAGCCAACUACAGGCUACGCUAAAGCAACAAAUGAUAGUGAAUAUUUGGGUAUUGAAAGUGUUUGGAAUCAUCAAAAUUUAUGGGUCAAUAUGCAAGAUUGUUCAAAUGGUUGUGAGUCACUUCAAUUUGAUCUCAACGAUCAAGCUCGAUGGGAAUUUAUGUUUACUUAUUCAACUAAUUUACGUGGAGCAGUAACAACAACAUUAAACACAUUGGGUGGUUCUGCAAUGCUCGAUGAAGAAGAAGAAAAACCAACUGUUGAAGCAGCUCAAAAAGAUAUUGAAUUGCCUCCAUCGUGGGUUUAUCCACUUAAUAUUACACCUAAAGAUUUUGAAAAACGCUAUCCAAAUUCACGUAAAACGUAUUUUUUUAAAAAAACUCGUGUUGAAAAAUAUGCUCCGUACAGUAUGAAAGAUGGCAUUGUUCUUAAAGUAGCUGAAUUCGCUGAUUAUGAUUUUAAAGAACUUAUCUAUGUAACACAACGAUACGAUCAUCGUCAUGAUAAACUUGAAUUACGUGAACAUGAUGUACGAACGAAUAUGGUCUAUGAACAUUAUUUACCAGGUCGAACUGAUCAUUUGAAAGAACAUACAUAUGGUUUUGGACCGGAAUUCGAACGAAUAAUGCUUUAUUAUGAUAAAGCACGCCUGGAUGGCUUAGAGAGAAGACAUGAAACAGUUCUUGAACUAACUGAUUACUUUGUAAAUCGUGAUGACUUUCUUGAAUAUCGCAAAGCUGUAUUUGAACCUCGGCCAAAGAAAUUCGGUCCGGCUGAUAAAGAUACUCCACGACCAAUUAUUUCAAUAACUGAACGAUACGAUCGUAAUCUAAAACUCAGUGCUAAUGAUGAUGUUCGUGAGCUGCUUUAUGCUAUUAAAGAAAAUAAGUUUAUCAUAACUUAUCAUCGUGAUAGUCAUCAUAUAACACCAUCGACUAGAACGUUUUGUAAACCGGCUGGUUGGAACGAUAAAGCAUUUACAAUACAAUGGAACGAAGAUUUGCAAGAUACAUACCAAGCUGAUGAAGAAUUUAAGCAAAUGUCAAAACGUGAUCUUUAUUAUAAAAUGAUAAAACUCAUCGAGCAAGAAGAAGAAGUUAUUAGACGAGUACGAAAAGCAGAAGAUGAAACACGUGAUCUUCAAAGUCGUCGUCAACAAGAGGAUCUUUCAAGUGAUCUUGAAAUUAGUGUUUAUGAUAUUGAUAGAAAUGACAAAUCGAAAAUAUACAGAAAAUCAUUGCAACAAAAAGCCGAUGAAGAAAAACGUAAAAAAGAAAUUCACGAUGUUGAUUAUCUUGCGCCGUUUCUUGCCGCCAUUGGUAAUCCUACACAUAUCAAUGCUCAACAGGCUCAACAAUUACGUGUUGCAGCUCAACGUGACUUUAAAGAUCGUUCGAUUCGUAAAGCGAAUUUAAUGCAAGCACGUUUUGAAAGUGAAAUUCAAGAGCUUAUUUCCAAACAGCAAUGGUAUCAAAAGCAUCAAAUUGGGAUGUCUAAAGAAGAUGAACUUGAAUAUCAACGUUUAUGUCAAGAAGCUCAAUUUCGUUUACACAUCCUCGAAGAACGACUCAAACGACACAAAGAAUUGGCUACAGAGAAAUAUAUGCAGCUGGAAAAUAAACUUAAUGACGAUAUUCGCUUAAAAGAGCCGUACAUUAUAUCUCGCUGA